UUUUCGAAGCGGAGCAGUGACGCGUGAGCAGUGGCGUCACCGUCCGAGUCGCCACCGGUGAAAAGUUCCUCUUGACACUUCGCCUUUUCUCGUGCUCAGGUCUCGCGUAGACGCUCGUGUUUCGGCAGCAAUAUCGUGCCCGUGUGUGUUUUUUGUUGUUGUUUUUUUUCUCCCUCGCGCGCUCGGCAGCCCCGGUUUCCGCGAGCCAGCCGACAGGUUGCCAGGCGUAGCGUCGUUAACGUCUAAAGGCGCUUUCCAACGAGCGGACGACGUCUUCCGAAUUAAAAGAGGAAAGGUCGCUGACACUUUGAGACGACGCUUCUCAGAGGACGGAGACUUUAUUUACCAUCCGUUUUUUUUUUUAUGUUUUACUUUCCUACGGCAAAUCGCGAAGCAGUUUGAUGCAGCACAAGUUUCGCAGAUGGAGAAGAAGUCCCUUCAAAUCGCGCCCCACUCCCUGGCGCUGGUGCUGUCCAGGGCUCGCGGAGCCGAGGCGGGCGCGGGCUCGCCCUCGCGGCGCGACGCGGGAUACGAGCUGUUCGCCAAUUUCAAAGCGGCGAACAUGCGGCACUACUGGAACAAGUCGGUGACGGACGCGGUGGCCGAGAUCUUCUUCCUGGGCUGGAUAGACGAGCGUUUUCUGCUGGUCCAGGGAGACGAGCGUCACCUGGACGUCCUGCGGAACGGCUGGACGAGACGGGCCCUGAAGCCCCCUGAGGGCUUUCACAUCAAGUGCAUAGGUGAUGUGUCCCCCAUCAAUAUGUCGCCUAUAAGCCAAUCCCAGUUCAUCCCAUUAGGAGAGAUCUUGUGUCUGGCCAUCUCCGCUAUGAACUCAGCUCACAAGCCGGUCACCCAGGAGGCCCUGGUGGACCACCUCAAUACCAGCUUCCCAGGAGUGCCUACACCAAGCUCAGAGGUUCUGCGGCAUACACUGAACAUGCUGGUGCGAGAGAGGAAGAUCUAUCCAACACCAGAGGGUUACUUCAUCGUCACACCCCAAACCUACUUUAUCACCCCUUCUCUCAUCAGAACCAACAACAAGUGGUAUCAACUGGAUGACCGGCUUCCAGAGCGACAGCAGCAGCAACAGUCACAACAGUGCACCUCACCUCAGUCUGGCAACAUCACACCGUCUACGCCUGGCUGCUUGAGAGAGAGACCCACACGCAAGAAUCACAAUGACUCCUACAAUUCCUUACGUGAAGACCCAUCCAGACUCCAUGCCUCAGUGCUUCAAACUAAGUCACCAAAGGAGCACAGAGGAGACCCUUAUCCAAGCAAGCAAAACAAGGACCACAAUGGUGGAGAACCUUCAGCAAAUGCGUCAAUCAAGGAGCACAGAGGAGAACCCCCAUCAUACCCCCAUCCCCCACCUCCUACCCCACCUGUUCAGCUGCCGCUUCAGGAUCUAACAGACAAAGGCAAGAGCAUAUCUUUCCCUUAUAAAACUGACACACUGACCAAAAAGAAAGAGAACAGUGGUGGUGAGAAGCAAUCCAAAAGGUUUGGGCUUCGACUUUUUAGACUCAGUUUCAAGAAGGACAAGAUGAGGCAGCUGGCCACUUUCUCAGCCCAAUUCCCCCCAGAGGAAUGGCCACUUCGUGAUGAAGAUGUGCCAACCACCCCGAUUCCUCGUGAAGUGGAGAUAGAGAUCAUUCGGCGAAUCAACCCAGACCUAACCGUUGAGAAUGUCGCAAGGCACACAGCUGUGAUGAAGAGGAUAGAAGAAGAACGAGCCCAGAAGAAUAAGGCAGCAUCUUCAGCACAGCACAGUGCCCGCAGCAGGAGGGGAAGGGGCCACAGGAGGGUACCACAUGGUAAGUCCCGCUCACACAGCAAACCUCGUACCUCUAGGGGAGACCCAUCUGAAGGAUCCAACUGGGAUCUGGUCUUCAUGGAAAGGGAUUACCGCUUUUUCAGCCACUCGCUAGUGCGCUCACCUCGGGAGGCCAUGUACACUUUGGAACGCAGGCGAAGCGGGGGUGGAACAUACCUAGUCCACAGCAACCCUAACAUCACUGAAUCAUACUGCCCUGUCACUCCUGAAUGGGAUGUGUCUGGGGAGUUAGCCAAGAGGAGGACAGAGAUGCCCUUCCCAGAACCUUCACGCGGCACCUCACAGUCAAGAGUGCAAAGAAGUCACAGUCACAAUCAAGACAGAAAGUCGCGUCAUGAGAGAUCGGAGCAAGCUAAGGAACGGUCUCGUUCCAUGGACAACUCUCUUAAAGGCCCCUCACUAGGUACACCAGAAGAUUUUGAACACAGUCUAGAAGAGCGUAGUCAUUACUAUACUGAUGAUGGUACCCUGCGAGCUACCCAGAAGUCUUCUCACUACUCAAGGAUUAUGUUCUCUGCUGCUAAGUUCCACUCUGAUUUUAAUGUGCCUGAUUUGGGGAAAGGGAGUUUGGAUGAGUCAAGGGUCCGGAAUACAAUGGAGAGGAACAAGAGCAGAGACAGCUUACCAACAUACAACGAGCUGAUGGGGCUAUCUCCUAAGCCCUCAACAGAAGACUACUUUCAGUGCAAUACGUCGAAUGAAACAAUCCUAACUGCCCCUUCGCCUCAGGCAAAAUCAGAAUAUGACACAUUAACCUCAUCAGGAGGACGCCGAAAGGGCUCUCCAGCUGACCGCCAAACCCCUCAUCUCACCUCUCCUCAUACAAUGGAGUAUAAAGAGGACUUGUCGGCAACAAAGGGACAGAAUGGCUCUGUCAGACUAACACCGAGCCAGACACCAGAGCCUGUGCAAAAUGCCCGUUUGACGCCACACCAACACAAUGUAGAUCCAGGGGGGGGAGGAAGUGGUGUGGUGAUCAAGAGAAAAGAGAUCUUCAGCAAGGACACUUUGUUCAAACCUCCACACAAUGCCUUGUCUGCAGGUUAUGUGGAUAGCAGCUACACCAAGUCUGGCACAUUGCGAAAAGCCUCACAUGCCAAAUCAGCAGAGGCCCUAGACAAUCCUGAGCCCCAGCAGCCUUCCAAUUCAGCCACGUCCUCAACUUCAGCUGCAGUAUUACAAAGCUGUUUAGAGCCAACAGUUCCCUCAGCCUCUUCUGACUAUUAUAAUGUAUCGGAUGACGAGGAGGAAGAGGAGGCAGAGGAUGACUCGCACAAGGAACUGGCAACAGCAGAGGACAACAAAGACCAUGUGGAGGGGGGUGUAGGUGAUGGAGGAAAUGGCAAUAGUGGGGAGGGAACAAUGCCAUGGCUGCUAGAACGGGAGAAGGACCAUGACCUGCAGCGUAAGUUAGAAACUAAUCUAACUCUACUUAGUCCCAAGGAGACAGAGAACAGCAGCAGUCAGAAGUCGGCCCACUCUGCCCGUCUGGACAGCAUGGAUAGCAGCAGUGUCACAGUGGACAGUGGAUUCAACUCCCCCAGGACACGUGAAAGUCUGGCGUCCAAUACAUCGAGCAUAGUGGAGAGCAAUAGAAGACAGAAUCCAGCCCUGAGUCCAGGCCACAUCGGCACCACUAGCAUCGGACUGCCAUUCAGUUUCCGUGCCAUCCCGGAACCUCCCACCACACAGCCUGAGAAGCUACAGAAGUCCUCAAACUGUCUGGCCUCCAUCACCAGUGUCUGACACGCAGGAUACAGACUGAGCCGAGGGAGACUGGAGACAGUGGUGGGAGACGGAGGCGCGGGGAGUUGAACAAGUGGAUCAGGAGUUUCACGUUUGACCCUCACUUUGCUUGUCCCUUAUACAAAUCUUUGUACUCCUGAGAAUCUAUUUAUUGGGACUGUUACAGGAACAGGCAUGGCUUCAACAGACUGUUUCCACAGCUUCAAGAACUUAACUGCAAAAUAAGAAGAAAAACAACAGAUUGACUUUUCUUUUUCUUUUUUCUUUUUUUUUUUACCCACCCAUUCCUCCAACGCUGCAAGACCACUGUAGGUUAAAAAGAAAAAACCUACUCGAAGUAGUUUGAUUUGGUGACAUGGAUUCUAGUUUGUUAAGAUUGCUGAGUAAGGAUAUGGGGAAGUAGUAAACUAUAGGAUUCAAGUUACAUUUGGGAAUAUCAAAACUUUUUAUAUCACUUAAUAAUACAUGUCCGGUUAAAUGUUCUCCUUCCUGAACUCGCGGCGGUUCUUCGGGACGAUUCCAUGUAUCAGCACAAUGUCAAGACAAUAAAAGGUGAUCCUGAGAACAAAUGAUGAGGGACAUAAGAACAAAUCAGAUCAGAUUUGUGUACCCCAAUGCAAAUGAUGUAUGUAUCCUAGAUACUUUUGAUAUCCUAAUUAUUAUAAUGGUGGUAUUAAAGAUGCUAUGUGACCAAAACGAUGCGAUUGGAAAAAUGGGCCGUAUCUCAACACUCAACACACCCUUGGUCAUUACAUUACCUACAUUA